AUGCUUAGAAAUAAUAUAUUGAAAUCAUUGAGAGCAACACCCGCUAGAUCUUUAUUCACCAGAUCAUCUUCAACCAAGCUCACAACUUUCAAAUCCAUCGUACCAUCAGUUGCUCAAUUACCAACACACAAAAAACACCAACCCACACUUAAUUUCGUUCGUUGUUAUGCUGGGUUCCCUGCAUUGACCAGAGAUGUAGCUAAGGAAAGAAUUAUAGAAUUGUUAGAAGGGUUUGACAAGGUAGACACUGCCAAGGUUGGAGAGAUCAACGAAGCAGCCAACUUCACACAGGACUUGGGCUUGGAUUCCUUGGAUGUUGUUGAAGUUGUGAUGGAAUUGGAACACGAAUUUAAUAUACAAAUACCUGACAAUGAGGCUGAUUCUAUCAAGACUGUGGGACAAGCAGUUGAUUAUAUUAUGAGCCAACCAGAUGCUUGUUAG